CGGACUGGAUUGCGCAGGUAAGAAAAGAUGAAUGCGACGCUUCCGAAMCUUCCCCUUUUUCUCUGGGUAUGAAUGUGCCAUGUGUUUCGGGAUGAUUCUAUCUCUUUCUCUCUCUCUCACGCACACGCCUCAUCUUUUUUCGAACCUAAUCUACGGAUAGUUUGAUAUCGACGAGUAUCUUGUUCCAAUGGGUGAACUCACUUCGCUCCACCAACUUUUAGACACACUUGAUGAAGAGGGAACUAAGAUCAUCUCGUUUGGAUCAUGGAGAGCGUGGCCGAGACGAAAAUUUAUUGAGUAAGUUUAAGACUCGCACCCAAUUGGUUGAACUGAAAUAGAUUGCAGCCAUCGAAGAUUAAUUCUAUUUGCAUUUUCUUUGUUUCGAAGGGACCCUGAAUUGACCAGAAUGAAUGGUAGGGCGAAUUGCGGAAGAAAUGACGGGGACUGCUUUCAAUUGACCGUCCCGAAAAACUACACCAUGCUUCAAGCGUAUAAUUGUGAUCGGCAGCCGCCUGGCAAAAAGAAGGAAAAGAUGCCGGCCGAAAAACAGGUGAGAGCAAAUGAGAAAUGAAGUGGAUUUGAAGAUGUUUCGUAAAAUUCGUCCAAUUUCUCAUGAAGAACUUUCUGAAUUCUUCUGCUGUUGCGUCUGAACAGAUCUACCGUGCAGAUUAUGUUUUGCACCAUUUCAUUCAUUAUUCCACGGUCACUGGCUUGUCAAAUUUGAAUAAAGAAGACAUCGAGAAGCGUGGACUGAAAUGGAACGCGAGGAACCCUUUUCCGGAUCCUCUUUCUAGAUUCGGUGACGAGGAGAAAGAAGCUUUGAUGCUUCACACCAAGGCAGUAGCGCAUCAGGACACGGUAAGUUGGCACUACAACAGAAACAGCGAGAUUGUCGUAACGUAAUCUGAGCGACCGAAAAUGCAACCAAACAAUCGUCUCACUUGUUGUCGGAAUCGCUUCAAUCGCAUUGGAUCUGUUCCAAAAGUUGUUUUGGGACGAAACAUGCAAAACUGAAUACGAAGGCCACGCAUUUUGUCGCCUUGGAAACCCAUUUCCAGACGUUGCAAACGGCGUGGACGUUGGCGACGGUAAGGAUGGCCUCAAGUACAACUGCUACGUGAAUAAAAAAAUCGACAAUUA